GGGCUGGGCUGGGCUGUAUAAGAAUGAGUAAUACAUUUUCCUUCUCCAUCAUCAAACUACAAUCCUUCUUCCACUGCUCUGCUUUUCAUAUCUCUCUCUCUCUCUCUGAAUCAAAAUGAGUUGGCUUAUGUUUCUUCAUCAAUUUCUUCUGCUAUUUCUCUUGUCUUCUUCUUCUUCUUCUUCUUCUUCUUCUUCUUCUACUUUUGCACGCCAUACCUGCCUUGAGGACCAGAGAUUUUCACUUCUCCAAUUUAAAACAACAUUUACCAUAACUACUAAUGCCUCUUUACGUUGUGAAUCUGAUUCUCAUCCUAAAAUGGUGUUCUGGAAUGAGAGUGGUGAUUGCUGCUCGUGGGAGGGGGUCACGUGCGACUGGUCCAAUGGUCAUGUGAUUGGACUUGACCUCAGUUGCAGCCACUUUCACGGCACCAUCCAACCCAACACUACCCUCUUCCACCUUCGUCACCUCCAAACCCUCAAUCUUGCCUUCAAUGACUUCAGUUUCUCUACAAUUUCACCUGACUUUGGCUCCUUUCCAAGUUUGACCCAUCUCAACCUCUCUUACUCUAAUUUUACAGGCCGAAUUCCCUCAAAAAUCUGUCAUCUGUCCAAAUUGGUUUCCUUUGACCUCUCUUAUUUCAAUUAUUAUCCUCAUAAUCCUUAUGGUUAUUCUUAUUCUCUGGCGAGACUUGAACAACACACUUUCAAUAUGCUCCUUCGAAACCUAACCCAAUUAAUAGAAUUACACCUUGAUUCGUUGAAUAUCUCUUCACCUUUACCUCAUGCUUUGCUAAAUCUAUCUUCUUUGACAUCUCUCAGUCUUCGUUAUUGUCAACUGCGUGGGAAAUUCUCAGAAAACAUUUUUCACUUUCCAAACCUACGAGAGCUCUGUGUAUCGGGAAAUUCGGAACACACAGGUAAACUUCCAUACUUCAAUGUGACUAGUUCCCUUCAGUUUCUUGAUCUCUUUGGUUGCAACUUUUCGGGGUCCAUUCCAGCUUCUCUUGGGAACCUUACACAAAUCACCUAUCUAGACUUCGGGUCUAACAGUUUCGGCGGUCAAAUCCCCUCAUCAAUUUCAAACCUUGCAAAGCUUAAUACCUUGUGUCUUGACGGAAACAAUUUGAUCGGACAAAUACCGGAUUCCCUUGGCAACAUGAGCCAACUUACUCUCUUGUAUCUUUCCGGAAACAAUUUGAACGGACAAAUACCGGAUUCCCUUGGCAACAUGAGCCAACUUACUCUCUUGUAUCUUUCUGGAAACAAUUUGAUCGGACAAAUACCGGAUUCCCUUGGCAACAUGAGCCAACUUACCCUCUUGUAUCUUUACGGAAACAAUUUGAACGGUCAAAUUCAGGAUUCCCUUGGCUACAUGAGCCAACUUACUCUCUUGUACCUUUUUUCUAAUCAGCUAACUGGUACAAUACCAUCUUCGUUGUUUGCUCAGCCUUUACUGGCUAAUAUAGAUUUGAGUAACAAUAAGCUACAGGGACCAAUUCCAGGAUUAGUUUAUGAACACCAGAACCUAACAUCCUUGUCGGUUUCAUCAAAUAACUUAAGUGGUGUAGUAGAUCUAGAUAAGCUUCUAAAGCUUAAAAAUCUGAUCUCUCUUGAUCUCUCAUAUAAUGGUCUCUUAUUGAGCAUCAACAACAGUGUCAACUCUACCUUGACCAACUUUGACACUAUAAAAUUAGCUUCUUGCAACUUGAGCGAAUUCCCAAACUUCUUGAAAGAACAAGCCAGUUUGUAUUCACUAGACCUUUCAAACAACAAAAUUCAUGGUGAAGUUCCAAAAUGGUUAUUCAAUGUGGGGAAAGAUUCAUUGCAAAAUUUAAAUCUUUCUCAUAAUUUCCUUACAAGUUUAGAGCAUCUUCCAUGGCAGAAUCUACAAUUUGUUGACUUGCAUUCCAACUUACUCCGAGGACCACUCCCUGUUCCACCUAACACCACAUAUGUUUUCUCUAUCUCAAACAAUAAAUUGAGCGAGGAAAUCCCUCCAUUGAUUUGCAGUCUAAGUUCACUUCAAGUCCUUGAUCUGUCUAAUAACAGUUUUAGUGGCUUGAUUCCACAAUGUUUGGGAAACUUGAGCAACAGUCUCUCGGUGUUGAAUUUAGGGAUCAAUAGCUUUUCUGGCACCUUUAUUGCAACAUUUACCAAAGGCAAUUUGCUGAGGAAUCUUAACUUGAAUGGCAACCAAAUUGAAGGACAAGUUCCGCGAUCUUUGCUCAAUUGUAAGUACUUGGAAGUUCUAGAUCUUGGAAAAAACAAGAUAAACGAUACAUUCCUCCACUGGUUGGAAACUCUUACAGAAUUGCAGGUUCUUGUCUUGAGGUUUAAUAUGUUUCAUGGUCACAUAGGCGCCUCCAAGAUCAAAGGCAAAUAUCCUUUUCCUAAGUUGAGAAUUAUUGACAUAUCUUGCAAUGAGUUCACCGGCCUUUUGCCAACAAAUUAUUUCAAACAAUUUGGAGCUAUGAUGAAUAUUGAUGAGCAUGUGAAAUUGAAAUACAUGGGCCAACAAUAUUACCAAGAUUCUGUGGUGGUGGUGAUUAAAGGAUAUGAGAUUCAAUUCUCAAGAAUCUUAACAGUCUUCUCAAUCAUUGAUUUUUCAAGAAAUAAAUUCCAAGGAGAGAUUCCAAAAUCCAUUGGGAGGUUUGAUUCACUUCGGGGUCUUAACUUAUCCCAUAAUAACCUCGAAGGCCACAUUCCAACUUCACUUGGAAAUUUGAAAAAUCUUGAAUUAUUGGAUCUGUCCUCAAACAAGUUUGUUGGGAGAUUCCUCAGCAAUUGAAAAGUUUGAUGUUUCUUGAGGUACUAAACCUUUCAAACAACCAACUAGCAGGACCAAUUCCUCAAGGGAGCCAGUUUAAUACAUUUGGAAAUGAUUCAUACAGUGGGAACUUGGCCUUAUGUGGAUUCCCUUUAUCAAAGAAAUGUAAGGAACUACAGCCACUGCCACCUCCACAAACACUCCAACAAUAUGAGAAUUCAGACAAGUCAAGCAGAUUUAACUGGCAAGUUGUAGUGUUGGGGUAUGGAUGCGGAUUUGUGUUUGGAAUGGUUAUGGGAUAUCUUAUGUUUAUAACUCAAAGACCAGAAUGGUUUAUGAAAAUUGUUGAAGGAAAACAUCAUAAGAAGGUGAAAAGGUCUAAAAAGGAUGCCCACGGAUGCUGUGAAAGAAGAAAUCAACAAAGACAAAUGGCGUUAUCCGGUAAUUGGAAUUUAUCUUUGUAGCAUUCCUUUGUUGAAUUAUCUUUUAUGGUUUCUACUUAUAUGCGUUAUUUGAGUUAUUGAUGUUCUUAUUUCAAAACUAGGUUUGUUCCAUUAAGUAGCACAAUAAAGCAAUGGUAUCCACUUUGAAGGGGUGUUUCACCUAGCUACUACAUUUGAGUGGGUGAGCAUCUGGAUAACAGCUAUACAAGACCACUUCAAAAGCUUUACCCUUGCUACUGUAUUGAAUUCUAAAGCUUUGUUAAGUUGUUUAGUUUUCUUGAAGCACUGAGUUAAAUAGGAGUUUCUUGUCAUGACUCUUUCUUGGUUUUUUUCUCGCAUCGUUUAGCAACCUUUUGGAGAUUUUCACUUUUGUAUGUAGUUGCUUUUAAAUUGGAUUUCAGUCAUGGAAGACUGGGACUUGCCAAGUUUUUAACUUUGAAAUGCAAUCUUACAAGUUACAACUCAAACCAUUCCCCUUGUUACAUUCUUAAUCAUUUUGAGUAAUAGAAAUGUUGGCUACUAGAUAGAGAAUUCACAAUGAAAAUAAUGUUAUAUGUUAAUCUUUGAGCAGUGCUUUUACUUGUUGCUAUUUUAGUCUAUUAUAUUUUUUUCUUUCAUCUUCAAUGGUGAUUGGGGGAUCAAACUGGAGAUAUUUACUAGCACUUGUUCUAUAGACGUGUGAAUUUUGUGAUUAAUUGUAGUAUGAAAAUGAUGAUAUGGAGAGUACUGAUUGAAAAGGUCGCUCAUAUUUAUUUUUUUGUGAAAUUUUACUGGUGCAAGUGUUGUCAUGAAUAUGAACAUAUUAGAUAUUUUAAAAAUUCAAGUUGUUGAGUUUAUGCCAGGUUGUUUGAUAAGUAAAAAUAUUGGCUUAGCAAAUUCAUGUUUGAAUUUGGUAUGUGUAUCAUUAAAAAUAUUAGUUAAUCCAUCAAGGAGAUAAAAGGAUUUGUGUAGUUUUAUUGGCUGGCCACAAGCUCACACAUCCAAUGAAGAUAUUAAUCUCCACAUUUAAGAAUAGUUUUGGUAUCCUGCAACCCAAAACCCUGGUGGCAAUAAUUAGGGAGCUUGGGUAGCAGGUCGUGUGGUUUAGGGACCAGUGAAGAAGUAAAUGUCACACACGAGACCAUAGGAUUUACAUGCCUAAGGUUAUAUAGUUAUCUUUUAUGAUUUGUCUUUGAAAAGGUGAAAGAAAGGUUUUAGACUUUGAAGCAUUUGAAAGAGCCAGAAUAAACUUGGAUUUGAAGGGGUGAUAGGCUGUAAAAAUUUUAUUAUUGUGGCAAGAAUUUUUUAAACAAAAUUUUGGGAUCCCAGUUUGUGUUCUGGUGGAUGAUAACUGGAAUGACACGCAUUAAUGCCUUCUGUCACUUGUGGGGGUCGGAUUAUGGUUAGCAUUUGGAUUUUGUCACUUUUUUCAUGUGGCUUUGUUCUAGGAAUCUUCAUUAAAUACUAUAUGACAAAAAAUAAUUUUUUGAAGUUGAAGUGGUGGAAAUGAGCAUAGGUUUGGUUGUCUCCACUAUGUUUUUUAAAUACUAAAUAAUUACUUGGUGUUACUUUAAUGCUAUCAAUAUUUAAAUGUUGGCUGGCCUAGCUUGUUUGAAAGGUGGUUGAUAAAAUAAUUGUGGUCCUUGAAGAGUGG